AUCUAUCAGUAAAACAGAAUGUUAGGGGUGGGGUGGGCUGAAAGUUCACGUACUAUACAUUUAACGGAUCUAAACACAGACCUCUGAUAUAAUUCAUGAUAAUAUUUCCAUCCCGUUAGAAAGUGAAACAACAACUCAGUCUGAGCAGAGGAAGUAUUUCUGUUCCUAGAAAAAGGACAGCAGAACAGCUUGCAGGCUGUGGGAGAACUUGUUGCAGAACUGUUGAAGAAAAGUUGACAUCUCAUCGUCCCUGAGAACACUCUCCCACAGGUGUCCCCGUCAAUCUCACCGCCAAAUAUUUCUUCACAUGUCUGUAAUGGCCAACUCCACAGCACAGGCACCUAGCGUAGACUCUACUGAAAGUAAAUCUGAAACACCACCCAUAUCUUUUCAGGGACCAUAUUUUGAAGCCAUAGUUGCAGUUGUCAUUGCUGUGGUAGUUCUGGUCCUGAUCCUCCUCCUGGCCGUCAUUCUGAGAUAUAUGUACAAGCACAAGGGCACAUAUCAUACCAAUGAAGCCAAGGGCACAGAGUUCGCAGAGACAGCAGACGCUGCUCUGCGUGGAGACCCUGCCCUGCAGGACGCCAUGGAUGAGAGCAAGAAAGAGUAUUUUAUAUGAAAAACAAUAGCUGGCCCUUUAUUCACAUCAUAAACUCCUAGGCUCACAUGAUGCCUCAAUCCUGUUUGCUGGAGCAGUGAAGUAACUGACUGAGCUCCCACGCAAGCAGAAACUAACAAGAAGAGUAUUCAGAAAUUCCGCUAUAUUUUAAUAUCUGGGAUCAUUUAUAUUUAUUUGUUCCUGAAAAAGAGAUAACAGUGAGCAUACAUGAAAAAAAAUAUGCUGCACUCCUUGUAAGGCUGAGAGUCUGAACAAACAUCAGCUCAAGAGAUUGAGAUGAUAUUCAGACGAAGGGAAGGAAAGUCUUUGAUCUUAUUAGACAAGAUAUGAAUGUGAAUGAUAGGUGAUAU